AUGUUCUUCGAAGCUAUUUCAACAGAUUGGUGGGGGAGGCACCGCACCGAGGGAUAUUGCUAUCUCCCUCUGUUGUUAAGCUCUGGCUAUAACACUAAGAGGUUAUCCUGCAUCAGGCCAGAGGAGAAGAACAAAGUGGAGGCUGACAGUAGGCGCUUCUUUGUAGGCGGAUGCCAUUUGAUAAAGGAUUUAGAAGUUCUGUCGAAGCCACAACUACAGAGUGCAGACUUCACAUACACAGGCACUGGAUACAUAGACGUCCGAUGGAGUACCAUAAAGCAAGCUCAUACAAUAGGAGGUCAGGAUUUACCUGCACCAGCUGACAGCAGCUCAGCAUCAGCAUUGCUCCAAGGAGCUGAAGCCGUGUUGAGACAGUACAGUCAAGCGAGGGCAAAACUCGCAGCUGCCACCAAAGAUCUUGCAGAAGGAGAUGGAUAA